AUGGCCAGCAGACUGUCCCCUCUCUCUCCAACCCUGUGUCUCUCGCUCCUGCUCCCUGCACUGUUGCUCCUCCACCUGUCUGGCACAGUGAAAGGGGAUUGCUGGCUGAUAGAGGGGGAAAAAGGUUACGUUUGGCUUGCUAUCUGCAGUCAGAACCAGCCUCCAUAUGAGACCAUCCCCCAGCACAUCAACAGCACGGUGCAUGACCUGAGGCUGAAUGAGAAUAAACUUAAGGCCGUGCUCUUUACCUCCAUGUACCGCUUUACAAACCUUACUGACCUCAAUCUAACCAAGAAUGAAAUCAGCUACAUUGAAGAUGGCGCCUUUGCUGGACAGGCCAACCUACAGGUUCUUCAACUGGGCUACAACAAACUAACCAACCUGACUGAGGGCAUGUUGAGAGGUCUGGGUCGAAUGCAGUGCCUCUUCUUGCAACACAACCUCAUUGAGGUCAUUGCCACCAAUGCCUUCUGGGAGUGUCCCAACCUCAACAGCCUAGACUUAUCUUCCAACAAGUUGGCCCGUCUUGACCCAUCUACUUUAACGGUUCUCAGCAGACUGACAGUAUGUGAACUAGGUGGAAACCCGUUCCACUGUGGCUGCGAGCUUUACAGUUUUCUCACUUGGCUGGAUGAGUUUAACAAUGUCACCCGCACCUAUGACCGUCUCCAGUGUGAAACACCUCCAGAAAUGACUGGCUAUCCACUCUUGAGUCCCGGGUAUGGAAAUGGAAGAAAUGCUCGAAACAUAUUAUUAUCAAUGUGUCGUGAUGGUGUGAUAAUUCCAGGGAUGACCUCUCAGAUGCCAGAUCAAGAUGGCUCAGGGAUGGGUUUGGACCAAGACCAAGGUGUGUACCAUCAGCCAACCACCUCAUCCACUGCUGACCCUAUCUAUAACCCUCAAAUUUCUAUGAAGCUUCAAACAGUUGCUCCGUACACAGCUUCACUAAUAGUCAAGAUCCCACAUCCCUACAGUAAGAUGUAUGUUCUCUCCCGGUAUAACAACACUUCUCUUGAAGAGGACAUAUCCCUCAAGUCAAGCAAAGCCACGAUAACUUUGAAGGGGCUGAAACCACAGUCCAAUUACACCUGUUGUGUGGCUUCUGUAAGGAAGUCUCAAAAGUACAACCACACCUGCAUGUCUUUUACCACACGAGCUACUGGACCACUGGACCACCAAACGAAUCCUUCCACAACAACCCACUACAUCAUGACCAUCCUGGGAUGUCUGUUUGGCAUGGUCAUUGUUCUUGGAUUUGUCUAUUACUGUCUGAGGCGCCGACGCAUCCAGGAAGAGAAGGAAAAAGCAAUUAGUGUGAAGAAAACAAUUUUGGAAAUGAGGUAUGGCCCAGAAGCAGCUGCAGCUGUAGUCAAUGACCCAAAUGCCAUGCAGCGUCUUCAGGAGCAGGCUCACCACCAGCAUCACCAUUCAGGCGGUGCAGGAGCCAAGCUGCCCCAAUCUGCCUCCUCUAGCACAGGCAUGCUUCACGGUUCAGCCAACACCAGUUCUUCCCGCCUCUCCACCUUGCCACAGGUGGAAAAAAUGGCCACUGCCUUCUCUGAGGCUAUGGGUGGCAAGGGUAACUACAUGGAUAUAAGGACAACGGGAAUGGCAGGGGAAGGCAGGGAGGCAGUGAUGGCAGCUGGAGGAGCAGGGCCAGGAGGGGAAGUAGUUGUGGAUAUGCGAGGUGGGGCUGAGAAUGGGACGGAGGCUGGGGAGGAUUCAGAUGAUGACGGUCGUGGCUCAGCAUCAGAGAUCUCCACCAUUGCUAAGGAGGUCGAUAAGGUGAACCAGAUUAUCAACAACUGCAUUGAUGCCCUGAAGCUGGAUGCCUCAGCUAAUGCUGUGACCACAGCUGACAAUACCAGUUCUGUGUCCUCCCAGCCUCCUUGCAUAGCAUCGCUCCCGCGCAACCUUCUCCCCCUCUCUCCAGGUCACCCUGGAGAUCAGAUCAUGGCUUCCUCUCCAAAGGUGCACCCUAAGCCUCACCUUCAACCUCAUCCACAACCUCAUCCUCAGCCAAUUCCUCAACCACAUCCUCAGCCACAUCCUCAGUCCCAUUCUCAGCCCCAUUCUCAGCCUCAUCCACAGCUCCAUCAACAGCCUCACCCGCCUUCAAUGGCCCCAGUGCCCCUGGUCAUGCCCUUAUCUGAGCGGCCUGGUAUCAGCGGGGGUGGAUUUCUCUCCCCUCCUUACCGUGAUCCACCCCCAGCCAAUGCAGUGCGGCCCCUUCAGAGGCAACUGAGCGCAGACACUGCUGUGGUUAAGAACCGCUGUGGUCCCCCUUCUGCAGGCUCUGCCAAGAACACAAGAGUGUAUAGUGUAGACAUCCCUGAGCAGCGCAGUGAUCCUCCCAAGUACCCAGGAGAAAAGGGUAGCCCCGUGGGUUGUGUUGGAGCGGGAGGAAGUGGAGGAGGUGGUGGAAUAGGAGGCUGUAACGGAAAUGGAAUGGGAAAUAUUAAUGGCGGAGGCCUGAGCUUAAAUGGGGGAGGAAUGGGAUGUAAUAGUGGGAAUGGAGGUGGCGCUGUAAGCUCUGGACAGCAGCAACAGCAGCACUUGGAAGUUCAGCCAGACUAUCAUAGCUCUGAGCACCGCCACUCCUUUCCUGCACUCUACUAUGAGGGUGGCAAUGAAUCGCCUUCACCAUCCCAAAAGGCUUCGUUUCUCAAGCCACUUGGGCGCACCAAGAGGGAUGCCACAUCCACCUACUCCCAGCUCUCACCUUCUCGUCACCACAACUACAACUCUGGCUACUCUUCCAGUCCAGAGUACUCAUCUGAGAGCACACUGCGAAUCUGGGAGCGAUUCCGACCUUACAAGAAAAGCCCUAGAGAGGAAGCAUCCUAUAUAGCAGCAGGGCAUGCUCUGCGCAAGAAGGUGCAGUUUGCCAAGGACGAGGACCUUCAUGAUAUUUUGGACUACUGGAAAGGUGUUUCCGCCCAGCAGAAGCUGUGAGCUGGGGAGCAAAGCUUAUGUCCUAAGGGAGAUUGUGGAAUGAAUGCCAACAGCGGACUACUGAAGAGGAACAUAUUAAGGUAGCAAGACAGAUAAUGUUUCCUCAGAGGUGUCUAGCGACACAGGUCAUUCAGGCGCCUGUUCAAGAAUUAAAGAGGUAUUCUCCUGGUGAUUUUUAAAAAUUGAUUUUGUGAAAAUCCAUUGACAUUUUCAGAGGCUAUUUCCAAGGUUCUCCUCUGU